AUGGCCAAAGAUUUCAUUGUUACAUUAAAAAAGAAUACACCAAAGGAGGACGCUCAUAAAGUUGUCGAAUCUAUUAAUCAUCUGGGUGGAACUGUUGUUCACGAAUUCUCCUUAAUUAAGGGUUUCAAAGUGAAAGUCCCUGAUGGAUUACAUCUAGAUGCUUUGAAGAAAAAGCACGGUGAUACUAUUGUGAAUAUCGAAGAAGAUAAAGAAGUUCAUGCCAAUUAA